AGUGGACCAAAAGCCCGAUUGGACAUUGGAUAGUGCAGCAGAUGACCUCAGACAGGAAAGCGUCUCGCAGCAGAACGCAGCCAAAUCAUACGCCUUAACUCGGCUGUGCAAUAACAUUUGAAGCGGUGAUAGAUCUGGUCGUCAACGGGUGAUCGUGCACGGAGCAGAAUGUCUGUGGGAAACGAAAUGACGAAGCUCCCUGCAUCGCCCCAGCCAGGCAUUGCCGAGGCAUACGCCGGCCGGUCGAUCUUCAUUACCGGCGCGACCGGUUUCAUGGGCAAGAUUAUGGUGGAGAAACUGCUGCGCGACUGCGGCGACGUGCGGUGCCUGUAUCUGCUUAUCCGCGCCAAAAAAGGGGUCGAUGCGGCACAGCGCAAGGAGGAGUACGCCAAGAACCUGGUGUUCGAGCACGUGCGCGAGAAGUACGGCGAGCGACUCUCCCGGAUCCGGUUGAUUCGGGGUGACAUACUGAGCGAGGGCCUGGGACUAAGUGAAGCGGACCACCGGGAGCUGGUGGACAACGUGGAGCUGGUGUUUCACUGUGCCGCGAACGUGCGCUUCGAUCAGCACAUCCGGCAGGCCGUCGACAUCAAUCUGAACGGCACGAUACGGGUGCUGACACUCGCGGAAAAGAUGCGGAAGCUCGUGUCGUUCGUUCACGUCUCCACGGCCUAUUGCCAGUGCAACGAGGCCGAGCUGGAAGAAAAAUAUUACCCAGCCCCGCAGAACCCGGAGGGCAUCUCCAAAAUGGUGGGCCUGCUGGACGAAGACAUUUUGAAGCUCAUCACGCCAAGACUGCUCAACAAUCUACCCAACACGUACGCCUACACGAAAGCGCUCACGGAAGAUAUGGUCUAUCAGUAUCGGGGAAAGCUACCGCUGGCCAUCGCCCGGCCUUCAAUAGUGACCGCCGCCAUGCGGGAACCGUUCCCGGGCUGGGGCGAAGGCACCAACGGACCGACCGGGCUACUGAUCGGGGCCGGCCGUGGGGUCAUCCGGAGUAUGCACUGUAAGGCCGACUAUCACGCCGACUUUAUGCCAGUGGACAUGACGAUGAACGCCAUCAUCGCCAUCGGCACGGAGCGGAUGCGCAAUCCGCGCAAGGACGACGUGAUGUACUACAACCUCUCCUCGUCGGACAUCAAUCCGAUCAGCUGGGGCGACGUGCUGGAAAAGGGACGCAAGGUGUUGAACGACAAUCCGUUCUGCUUCGCGCUCUGGUACCCGGACGGAUCGAUCAAAUCGAACUACUUCUACCACCUGCUGUGCGUUAUCUUCUUCCACUACCUGCCUGCCUAUUUGAUCGACUUUUUGCUCGUCCUUUUACGUCGUAAACCUUUCCUCGUAAAGGUACAGAAACGGAUAUCGGCCGGGCUGACGAUACUCCAGUACUAUACGACCAAGCAGUGGAUUUUUCGGUGCAACAACAUCAAAGCCAUGUACGAACGGAUGUCGGAGGAGGAUCGGAAACGGUUCUAUUUUGAUGUGGCCGAAAUCAACUUUGAAAGCUAUCUGCACGAUUUCAUCCUCGGUGCACGGCAGUAUAUCCUGAAGGAGGGACCAGAAACGCUACCGAAAGCACGCAAGCUGUUGCGAAAACUCUACAUCAUGGACAAGAUAGUGCAAAUCGCACUGUAUCUAUGCGGGCUGUGGCUGGCGUGGACAUACAUUGAGGUUGUGACGGGCUCGAUCCAGUUCGUGUUCGAUUCCGCCAUCGACGGACUGCGGCGCAGUGGAACUCCUCUGGCCGACUCGAGCAGCGUCCGACAUGGUGUAUGAUUUCAGGCUCUACGAGAGCAAUGGCGAUAGAUAUAGAGUUAGCUCUUUUUUAUUUAAACUUACACCAAAUUUAAUCCACCCAGCUGAAGCACGCUUUCGGGAUAGUUCGUUUUGAUAGUUUUGUUUGUUUCAUUUCUGAAGGUAGCACGCAUUAAGCGAGCGAAAAGACGAUUUGCACUACCUCUAACUGCUUUCUACCAUUCGCCGGCAGGUGCAGAGUAAAGGUGGCAAAGUACUCCGUUUUCCUUCCCUUAACUCUUAAAUGCUUAUUGUGUAGCCGUCGUGUUUUUUCUUUUGUUUUGGAAAAUACGCGCUGCAGUUGCAUCACAGAAUAGUGUUCAUAUAAAGUGAUAAGUGUCAAUAAAAAGAUUUUUAA